GACGCGGGCUUGGGCAGUCGGGUAUCCCGUGAGCACUGUUAACAGCAGCUAUCUGCUUCCUCUCGCCGACCCUUUAAGGUUGGUAUCGGAUCAGUCCUGAUUGAAAAAUGAAGACGUUGAGGCACAGAGGGGUUGAAAGUCCUUCGCUGCUUGCAAUUCCCAUCUAUAGCUAGAGCGGUGCUGACCAAUAGGAAUACAGUGCGAGCCAGUUGUGGACUUCUAAAUUUUCCAGCAGCCACAUGGCAAAAAAACAAAAAGAGACUGUCGGAAGCAGCUUGCCUUCAUCUGGCGGGAACAGAAGUACGGCUUUAGUGCCUUGCCUCAGGGCUAUGUCUCUCCUCUGGCUCCCUGCCGUAAUCCAGGGUGAAUGGAACUCGAUUGUUGCAACGAUCAUGGUGAACAUCGGGCUGGUCCAUUAUAUUGAAGACAUUAUGCUUACUGGACCUGGUGGAUCAAGAGGCCUGGCGCAGGCGCUGGUUUGUCCUCCGGCGGGGCCGCAUGAGCGGCAACCCCGACGUGCUGGAGUACUACAGGAGCAAGCACUCGAGCAAGCCCAUCCGCGCCAUCGACCUGAGUGAGUGCGCAGUCUGGAAGCACGUGGGCCCUGGCUUUGUGCGGAAGGAGUUUCAGAACAAUUUCGUGUUCAUUGUCAAGACGACUUCUCGUACCUUUUAUCUGGUGGCCAAGACCGAGGUGGAAAUGCUGGUGUGGGUGUACAGCAUCAGUCAGGUCUGCAACCUCGGCCAGCUGGAGGAUGGUGCAGCAGAUUCCGUGGAGAGCUUCUCUCGCAUGCCCUGCUCCCUCCAGCCAUCCCCUGCCAGCUCCCUUCCCACCUCCUUGCCGAGAGAUGACCUAAGCACGAAUUCCGUAGCCACCGAGGAAAGCAGAAGUGAGUCAGAGUUUCUCUCCCUUCCUGAUUAUCUGAUUCUGUCCAACUGUGAGACUGGAAGACCGCGGCACGCCAGUCUGCCCACCAGAUGUGAUAGCUGGUCAAAUUCAGACCGCUCAUUGGAACAGACUUCAUUUGAUGACGUUUUUGUUGACUGCCUGCAGCCCGUGCCCCCCAGUAACUUGGCCUACCCCUCACGCCAUGGGAGUGGCUCUCAGAAGGCGCCUUCCCUGAGGCCUCAGGCUGCCCUGAUAUGGAGCAGAGAUAUCAAUGGGCCAACCAGGGAUCACUGUUCUUCACCAUUGCCAGAAACUUCCUUAAAUUCCACCGUUCAGGUAGAUAAAAACCAAGGUUCCUUGCCCUAUGAGGCCAAAGAACUAGACAUCAUGUCCAGCAUGCCACCUCCCCGCCCCCCGAAGCCAAGCCAUCUCUCUGAACGGCGCCCAGAGAAGCAGCUCAAGAAGCCAGAGUGCACUAUGGCACCAAGAAGAAUCUCUCUCUCCGGUUUAGAUAACAUGAGGACCUGGAAAGCUGAUGGAGAAGGCCAAUCGUUAAGACAACGAGACAAGCGGCUUAGCUUAAAUUUGCCGUGCGGGUUCUCCCCCAUGUCCCCUACGGCUUCAGGCGGGGCCGAAGACGGCUACGUGCCCAUGGGCCCCCAGGCAGCCAUCUCUGGUCUUGGAGCCCGCUGCAGCCAUGAUGACUACAUCCCAAUGAGCCCAGGAAGCAUCCCAAGCCCGCUGCCUGAGCUGCCUGCGGACCUGGAGCCUCCGCCAGUGAACAGAGAUCUCAAGCCUCAGAGGAAACCACGGCCACCUCCCCUGGACCUGAGAAACCUCUCCACCAUCCGGGAACAUGCGUCUCUAACCAGGACCUGCACUGUACCUUGCAAUCGAACCAGAUUUCUCUCUCCAGAAAGAAAUGGUAUUAAUUCUGCAAGAUUUUUUGCCAAUUCCGUUUCCAGAGAAGAGGAAGAAAGCUACAUCCAAAUGAAUCACAGAACAGCCAACUCCCUAAGCAGCGGUGCUCUGACAUGGACAAAGAAAUUCAGCCUGGAUUAUUUAGCUCUGGACUUCAAUUCAGCAUCACCAGCCCCUAUACAGCAGAAACUUCUCCUUUCAGAAGAGCAAAGAGUCGACUAUGUCCAGGUAGAUGAGCAGAAGACCCAAGCCCUCCAGAGCACAAAGCAGGAGUGGACGGAUGAGAGGCAAUCUAAAGUGUGAGACAUGUGCUUGGGCCAUGUAUGGGGCAGGGAAGCUCAGGGCUUGCUCUGAGUUUUUUUUGCCAGAAUUGCACCGAUGGUCAAUGCAGGUCAAGAUCCAGAGAGAAUCUGUAAUUUCUGUGGGCUUGGCAAGAACCUUGGGGAGAGAGGAUGUAUUUGUACACGCUGAAUGGGGAGGAGAAGGAGGUAGUUUCCCAGCUCCCACCCCCACCCGUCUAGGCAGUGGCCUUCCCCAGCCGUGCUAGCCCAGAGCCUCUGGGAUGCUUGGAGUUGGCUCCGCAGACAUGAGAGGCAGCGAUGGAGGAUUCCAGAGCCAUGGACUGUAAUGUAGAAAACUCCAUUCAUUCAGGCAGGGUAGGAUCAAUAAAAACAAGACUUGGGAGCAUAUUUUCCCCAGAGUUUGGUUGAGAAUCUCUCCAGCGGAGCAUUUGGAGUGCAGAUCAGAGCCAGUGUUGCCACCAGACAGAAUCAUUUGACUUUCAUGCUUGAAAAUUCUGACCUCUCUUCUGUGCUUCCUGGGUCACAAACUAUACUGGCAGAGAGGCUCCUGGAGACCAUUUUGCCCCAGCCCCUGAAGACCUGGUUGAGGGGAUCAAACCCAGAGAUGGUGGCAGAAUCUGCAUUCCUUACUCAAAGAGUCCAACAGACAAAUCAUUUCUAUCCCCAGAGAAAGACAAUUGAAGUGAGAUGGGCAGUCAGUCCCGGGCUCUGUGACAAGCACAUCAGAUGACGCUGGAACUUCCGUUGCCGCUGGCCUUUCUUGGCAUGUUUUCACAUGCAUCAUCUCAUCUCUUUCCUAAAAAACCUCAGAAGCUAGGCUUGGCAGAGAUUGUUGCCCCACUUGGAAGGAAAGAAAACCAAGAACCAGAAGAAGGAACACUGCCUAAGGUCCCUCACAGAGCCAAGACCCAGAGUGAGGCCUAGAAUAGAGUUGGCCCAGCUGCCCAUUGCAGGCUCAUUCCACCAUCUUACGCUGCCUCAGAGGAUUUUGAUGAAAUCUAUUAGUUUGGUGACCCUUGGAGACAUGAGGAACCCGUGCAGACACGAGAUGAGUCAUCAUCUCCUCUCCCUUUCAUAGGAUUUUGAGCAGGUGCUUUCUUGCUUGAAAGGUAUGCAUGUGAAGCCAGGUUUUCUUUGUGUGGUGUUCAAAUGGGAAACUCUCACACAAUCAGUAGUUACCAUUAGAAAUACCUCUUGACGAUCACUGUGAAAUCCGUUCUUGGAUUGCGUGGUGCCCUUGCAGUGUGUUUCCUGUGAGCUGGCUAAUGCUAAUGGAAGAAUUUUUGUCACCUCGGGAAGGCACGAAUCAUCCCUGGCUGUCCUAUGCUGGACCCAAGCUUUUGAGUGAUAGAUAGUUAUGACCAGAAAACAAACACAACACGACAAAACAAAAAACAAUGAGUUCCAUCCUCAAAUUUCCCGAUGAAUUUUUCCCUUCUGUUUUAGCGAUGACUAAAUCCUGAGAGCAAACAGUCCCACUCUGUCGUGAAGGCAUCGUGUCACCCCUUCUUUGAUGGGGCACUGGGGCCCAGGGGACCCAGACAAAAGUCUCAGUCGGGCACAGGGUUUUAUUUAAUGGCCCUUCUUGAUUCUUCUGAGCACCUGCUGCCAGAAGACAAAUUGAACAACUGGGAAGUAAGCAGAUACUGGUCCACCAUUCUGCCUGGCUUUGUGUCUUGUAGGAGGAUGGAUUGACUAGGCAGGCAAGUUGAUGACAGGGCCAGUCGGGGCAGUUGUAGGCUUUGCUGUAGGGUUUUCGGGUUUCAAACUGCCCCAAAGGUAAGUAAGUGUCAGUCCUGGCUUUUCAGAUCAUUAAAGAAGUACUUCUGACGUUCAAAGCAACAGGACCUGGUGACCUCAUUUUCUUCCCAGAGGAAAGUGGGGGGAAAUUGUUGAAUGCUUUAAAUGAUAUAAGAGUCCUUCAUGAGCCGGGAUGGAGAAAUGAGAGGUCCCUGCAGCCCACACCAUGUCACAACACUCAGGUCGGAGCCUGUAAGGAUCUGCCUUCUUCCCUGUGUGACUUGGGAAGAGUCAUUAGAGCCUCAGGCAAGAGGGCUGUCAGUUCUAGAUAGUACCUGCCUUUGCGGGGGGGGGGGGGAUCUGUAUUUAGAUUCUCGAUUACCUGACAGAGGCUGGUGCAGAAAAGUUAUAUGCCCAAGUGCCAAGAACCACCCCAGACUGAAGACAGAUCAGAAAAGAAAAUACAGCUGAAAUUGUGUCAGUAGUGAAAUGGCAUCCAAUUGACCACACCCAAAACCUCUUUCUACAGAAUAUUUCCUGGAAGUAGUGACCACACGAAGCAAUACACACUCGAGUAGUGUGACCUGUUUGGGAGCAAUUAAUUAGGGAUUUAAAAAAAAAAAAGAUGCCUUUCAUGCUCCUUUCCAGGGUGUGUGUGAUUAUGUCCCGCUUUGAUAAGGCUGCUAAUGGAUGGUUACCCAAAAGCAUAAGGACUCAGGGAUACAAAGUACAGGUAACUUUGAGCUGACAGCAGUGCAUACUCCUGAGAGAGUCACCGUAGGUCAGAAUGAUGCCGGCCAAAUCCUGCUUUCCUGUGGAGGUAAUGCAUGUGUAACAGGGCUACAAAUGUGACCAGGGCUGAGGUUUGGGGUUUUUUGAAAAAUGGAAAUGAUCCCAGAUAGCAUUCCGAGUCAAGUACACACGGCAUGUGCGUACGCCGCACCGGGUGCCCUUUCCCAAAAGCCAGCAGGACAGCGCAGACAUCAAUCCCACAGUUUUCCAUAGUUCCUUUUUGCUUUAUUCCAUCUCAUUUCGUUAGGAAAUUCCUCCAAAUCGGGUUGUGCAGUGCAGAAGGGUUUCAAGCCUGCGAGUCCCUAAGGCCACAAGCCCAGGAACUUUGGGAGUUAAGCUUUCCUUGUGGAGGGAAGAGCUCAAAGGCACAGAAUCAUCCUGUGGAAGUCCAUGUCCAGGCCUCUUCCCUAGAGCAAGGAUACGCUGAACUGUGACCUUUAGAUCUGAGUCAGACUGAAGGCUCCCCUCAGGCCUGACUUUCUCUUCUCGAUGCCUUCUCGGUCCUUGUUAAUACCAUCCUUGUACCCAUAAUCAUUCUGAUGUUAAAAAAUGCAUUAUGUUCUUACUGUUUCAUUUCUGGCAUUAAUAAAAGUCUUAUAAGGGGGAA